AUGGCGACCGCCCGCCGGCGUCCCAAGAUGGCGUCGCUGCUCUCGGACACUCUCUUCGAGGCGCGAGGGCAGGCCCCGGCCCCCAGCAAGGACUUCUACCAGCUCAUCGUGACCAAGAAGGAAGUAAUUUUCAGGUGGUGGAAAAUAUCUCUUCGGAGUGAGUAUCGUGAAGCAAGACCUGGAGAACUUCGAGAAAGUCAUGAAGAUUUCCUUGAUGACCCCUCUCUCCAAAUUCAAAUAGCCAUCAUAUUUGGAGCAGAUACUCUGGAUCAUACCUUCAAUAUGUGCCGUGGUCAAUUUGAUUUCCUGGUGCGACUUCCUGACCAAUUGCUUAUGCGUAUAAUUUCUUAUUUGGACCUUGAAGAUAUUACCAGACUGUCUCAAGUGUCUCACAGAUUCGCAGCGUUGUGCAACUCUGACAAACUAUGGGAGAUGGUUGUGCAAAAUUUAUCAGGCAAAAUUACCCCAGAAAUGAGAUCACUGGCACAAGAAGUGGGCUGGAAGCAAUUCUUCUUCACUAAUAAGAUUCAGCUCCAGCAACAGUUCCGAAGACGGAGAGAGAUGGGUUCUGAUUCAUCAGAAAGCCUGUCAGAUUAAUGGAGUGCCAACUGUUACAAGGAUGGCCUGGCUGAUGUAUUGUCCUGAGGCAUUGAUGAGUGUGGAAAUGGUAUUAGUGACUAAAAAAAUAAAAUGUGUCUCUGCUAGUUACUGUUACUUUCUCCCAAAAUGACAUAAAUGAAAGGAUUCUAAUGAAAAUUAAAUAGCAGCUUCCAUGAAGUGGCUACUGAAAGCUGUUGCUGCCACAAAAAAAGAUCACACCCCAAAUGAAAAUGAGCAGAGUGAGAAAAACAGCCUUCCUUCAUUUGUUGUACAAUUAUACACUUCUUUCUCUUUAAAAAAACAUAAAUAGAAUUCAUAUUGUCACACUACCUGUAGUUUUCUACUUUAUUUCUACAUCAUUUUAACAUCUGCUGAUAAAAAGUGUAUCAUGUGAAACAUGGUUAAAACACGUUCUUGUCUUAGGAACACUUUACAUAACAACAGUGUUUUUGAAUUUACCAAUAAAUGUACCAUACUUGCUAACCAAGAUCAGUUCCAUGAUGACAAUGUUAAGUACUACAAGUUCCCAGCAUAUUACAUAUCCUUUUGUUGUCUACAUGCAAAAGGUGUUAUUACUUAUAUGCAUCUGGAAAACCCAAAUGUGUUUGUUCAGAAUCAAAAUUUAUCAUAAAAGAAUCAGCAACUGAUUGUAAAAAAGAAAUGUAAUUAUCAGAGGGGAACCUACCAAUACAUUAACUUCAUACACUGAUAUUGUACGGUAUAUAGCAAGUUUGAUUAGAGGUACUAUAAUGGAUCUUUCAGUUUCUCAAAAGAAGCUCACUUCUGACAAAAAUCCUCAAAUGUUUUAAACAAAUCUGUAAGUACCGCCAUAUGAUGUGGAAUAGUGCCCAUGCAUUCCACAUUUCUUUCCUAACCCAUGACCAUAUAUUAGUACAGAAGACCAGUCUAGGCAAAUAUCUACUAUUUGUAUUAACCAAGGAUAUGAAAGUAAUUUUUCCUACCUUUGUUGUUAUUUCAACCCAAUUUAUUUUCAAAACUGAAGUAUUCUUAAACUAAACACAAGUGGGAUUUUUGUUUGUUUCAGUGCCUUACUUCAUCUUUUAUCCCAACACCUAUGGGUUUGAUCCAGAUUGGCAUCAUACUUAGUAGGUUUGCUGUUGAUGUUUGGCUUACUAUAAAAUGUGAUAUGAGAUUUAGGCCACUCCAACUACAUUUCACUCUACGUGUAAAAAAGCUGGUUACUUUAAAAAAAUGUUUUCUUUUGUCACAUGUGGUUUAUAUUUUUUUUAUUAAACCAUAUUAUACCAUCUGGUUUUUAACUUACAAAAACAAUAGGAUAGACAGUAUUACUUUUUUAAAAUUCCUGUUGUCUGUAAUAUUUUUUCUUAAAUAAAAAAAAUAAAUGUUCCUAAUUGUUUUGGAAGUAAUUCAAAAAUUGUAUUCAUGUUUGCUGAGGUGAUGUUCUGAAAUUACUCAUUCUUUCUUAUUCAGUUUUAUUUGGACUCUGCUAGCACCAUAUCUCUGGUUAUUAAUACUGUUUGUUUAAGAUUUAUGUCAAUAAAAGCACUUAAGAUAGUAAUGAUUCUUUUUGGGAAUAGGUACACCGUUGAACCUCUAGUUUCCACAUAAGAGCCAGACUUUGGAAAAUGUAGAGCAUGUGUAGGAGCCAAAAAACCAC